UGUGUGUGUGUGUGUGUGUGAGAGAGAGAGAGAGAGAGAGAGAGAGAGAGAGAGAGAGAGAGAGAGAGAGAGAGAGAGAGAGAGAGAGAGAGGUUUGAGGAGGGUGUCGAGCGCUGUGAGCCUCAGUGCUACACAUAGUGGCAAAGAUGGAGAAAAGUCGCCUUCCUCAGUCGUCAUCAUUAUUUGUAAAUGAUGGGUCGUUCAUGGAGAGAUUCAAGCAGAUGCAGAAGGAGAAGGAGGAGAAGGAGCGAGCUGCGGCCGCCGCCGCCGUCGCCGUCGCCGCCGCCAGCAUCGCUGCUCCUUCCCAUGGUUCUGGAAGCCGAGGGGAAGGCUCACCCACUUCUUCAAGGCCAUCCCCCGACGAUGCGGAGGGAGGCGGCUGCGCAUUUCUAUCUAGCUGCACAUCGGCGGCUGAUAGCGGGCCGUCAUCAUCUCGUACGGCUCCGACCUCGAAAGCUGGAGCUGGCGGCAGCGGGAGUAUCGCCUUCUCUCUUGGCAGAGGAGGUGGCGGCGCCGGGAGAGCUGGAGCUGGCGGUACCAACGGUAAACUGGCUUUCAGUCUGAAGACUAAGCCAAAACCUGCGAUCAAACCCAUCCGAUUAGGUGGAGAUGAUGAAGAUGAAGAUGAAAACAAAUCUAUGACCCGAUCAGAUGAUAAGCGAGAUGCGAAGCGGCCAAGAACAGACGCAGGAGGAUCGUCCUCUACAAUUGGAGCCUCUUCCAGCUCAUCGGCAGGAGGUGCUCCACCACCACCACCAUCGGAUCCGGAUGUGCAAAGAGUUGCUGAUAAACUCGCGAGUUUUGUAGCGAAAACUGGAAGGCAAUUUGAAAACAUCACUCGGCAAAAGAACCCUGGUGACACCCCUUUCAGGUUUCUUUUUGACACAUCGUGUGCAGAUUACAAAUACUAUGAAUGGAAGCUUGCCCAGGAGGAGGCUGCCCUGGGAGUCGAUUCCCAGAGAGCUGGAUCAUCAUCAGGUGCUGCAGGAUCCCAUCGUCCUCCGCCAAAGGAAGGCCAAUCGGUUCCUACGAGAUAUCAAACACCUGCUUCUGCACUAUACACUUCCGAUGACCUCUCAAGCAGACCUUCCAAGUUUCAUGACGCCAUGCCAGUGCCUUCCUCCACAGCGCCUGCAUCGGCAGGAGCUUCAGCAGGUCAAUCAGCGGGAGAAGUUGACUCCGUGACAAUGAUGGAAUACUUCAUGAAGAAGGCGGCGAGGCAGGAUCUACGAAAGCCUUCCAAGUCCAAUGAAUCUUCUCAGAACCGCACAGGGGCAGCCUCAGGCGCUGCGGGCCGGGGCCAUCACAUGGGCGACUUCAUACCAGAGGAGGAGCUGCAGAAGUUCUUGGCCAGGUGUAAUGACGUGAAAGCUCAGGCAAAAGCACUGGAAGCAGCGGAAAGCGCAAAAAUCCAGUCAGAUAAUGUUGGCCAUAAGCUGCUUUCCAAGAUGGGUUGGAAAGAAGGUAUGGGACUUGGUAGCAGUGGUGGUGGCCGUGCGGAUCCCGUGGAAGCAGGAUCGGUGAAACUCAACAACCUUGGAGUUGGAGCACAGCACCCUGGUGAGGUGACACCUGAGGACGACAUCUACGAGCAGUACAAGAAACGGAUGAUGCUCGGAUACCGCUACAGGCCCAAUCCACUGAAUAAUCCAAGGAAAGCAUACUACUGAAUUCACAGUCGGUGUCGGGCAUUGAGCAAGACCAAGAAUGUUCGUCAUCGAAGCUCUCUACAGCCAUCAAUGAUAGUGUUUCGCUGGUCGACGCCUUCAUGUCAUGCACCACCAGGUGGCCAAGAGCUACAGCAUCGUCUACUCCGACUCGUCAGUUAACCGUUGUAUCCGUGCAUUGAAGCGCCUCAGCCUCAGGAACACAGGGCAAUUUUGGUCGACUUAUGUACAGUUCUGAGCUCUCUGCCUCUCUUUUGAUUGCUGCCUCUGUCGAUCAGUAUGUUGGCAUGCCUAGAUUUCUGGGCCAGAUGUGGAGAGAAUUUUGAUAGAAUAAGUGGCUGAGAGGGGGGGAGGGAGAGGAGAAGAGGGAUGCAGAAGGUUCCUGAUGUUUGGGUGGUGUUUUGAAUGCAGCAAAUCUCUAUUGUCGGCAAGGUGCGAGAUUGCUGAGGAGGGAUGGAGGGACUGUGGCGUUGGGGAAUAUCUGAUGCGACAUCCAAUGACUGUUUUUGCUCCUGUUUGUGGCUCCAGAUUACGUUUCUUCUUCACGCAAGCAACGACUUGGUCCUGCAUGCAGUUCCGCUACGGGAAUUACUAGAAGAAUUCUGGUAAUGUUAGUGUGUGGCCGUCACCAUGUUGGCCUGUUCUAGUGUGUGCAAACAUCCAUAUAUAGCCUCUACUGUUUGCCAUUCUACCCUCUACGAGUUUAUGCGCCACUUGGUUGUGUGUGUGUGUGUGUGUGUGUGGUGUGUGUGUGUGUGUGUUCUGGGGUGUGUUUUGCAAGGGUGAAGACGGGCACAACAUCUGUAUGGGAGGAUUGUUUACCUCGACCUUUCAUGUGCAUUUGUGCUUGUGUGUGGAAAAGUAGCGGUCCCGUUUCUUGAUGAGGAAAAGUAGGGUUCCCGUUUCUUCUCCCUUGGUACUCAGCUUCGUGGUUCCCAGUUUAACUGCAGGAAAAACAGUUUGGAAUUCUUUCAUAGGGCCUCCUUUUGCGGCUGUUCUCAGCAUUGUCUGGGUCGUCUGACGCUGAAGAUGUAAAAGGGCUUGUUCUCCCUGCUGAAGAAGAAUCUGUGUGCGAAUGGUCGAUAGUGGCGACAGACAAGAGCCGUGCACAUGGUAAAUAAUUGGGUGUACAACUUGUUGGUCUGUGUACCAGCUUGGCAAGAGAAUCAGGCGGCUCUUUCACUGUGAAUGUGUUUAAUGCCUAGCAUGACUCGAACCAAAGCAGAAAGGGCUGUUGUAAGUAUAAUUUUCUUUAUUAGGGUGUAUCAAGUAAUGUGUGGUCGUUGAAUCGUCAACGUUGUUGGCAGCUGCGGGGCCUCGGGGUUAUCCUAAUA